AUGACUCAGCCCAGCGUGGUUUCGGUUGUUGAAGGCACUGAUGCUCUACUCACUUGCAUAGUGAGUAAAAACUACCCCGUGGUCACAGAGAUUGCCUGGUACAACAAUAUGAAGCAAAAGGUGGGGGACAAUGCCAGGAAAUAUAUUAUUCAGCAAGCUGCUAGAUGGUCCUUGACUGUGCGACAGACAGAUGGCAUGGUGGACAGUGGACAGUACUGGUGUUCUGCUACCAAUGCUGUUGGAACAGCAGAGAUCCCAGUCAUGCUGCUGGUGAUAAUGCCAGUUUCCAAACCCACCAUCCUGCUGAGUGACUCUUCUCCAGUGGAAGGCACAUCAGUGUUGAUGCACUGUAUUGUGGAAAAGGGAACGGAACCUAUUAACUACACAUGGGAGCAUGAGAGGCAACCUGGGCUGAUCACAACACUGGCCAAGGAAAACAGAAGUGUGGUCAGUGUUACCUGGGUCUCUCGUAAUCAGACUGGCUGGUUCAGGUGCCUGGCCAGGAAUGAGGUCAAUCAGCAGCGCAGUGACCAGAUCUGGUUAAAUGUCUUAUUUGGCCCAGACUUACCUCAGAUAGAUGUCACAGCCUACUCAGCAGCAGAUCACGGAUACACAGCUCUGGAAAAUGGAAACGUCUCCCUCAUGUGUCAAGCCUCCUCUAACCCUCCCAGCCAGUACGUCUGGUUCUACAACAACUCUCAGAUCAACACUGGAUCACAGCUUACCAUCACCAAGAUCCUCCGUAUGCAAGCAGGCUACUAUGCCUGUCUGGCCCAGAAUGCUAAUCUCAACACCCGCUCUAAGAAAACAGUCACGUUUACUGUCUACUAUCCACCAGAUGGUGCUCCAUCAUGUUCCAUAUUCCCAGUAAAUAACUACACUGACCUGGCUCUUGUUUGUUCCUGGAUGGGUGGAUAUCCACCGCCGAACCUAAACUGGAGUCCAUAUGUGAACAGAGACAAUCCACAGGGUUUUGCGAAUAUCACUCAAAUUCAGCCAGGCUCAGAGACUUCAAACAACUCAGUAUUCACCUGUUAUGGCACACAUAUUGCACUAAAUGUUCCCCAGAGCUGCAGCACCAGGACAUGGCUGCCUUAUGGAGAACCCCAAUGUUUUGCAUAUGUGACUCGUAAAAACGAGUACUUGAUGCUUUCCUGCUCCUGGGAGGGUGGUGUCCCUGGGGCUCUACUGUGGUGGGCCUCCAGUUUGGGAGUCAUACAGGGAACAUUAGAGGAGAACUCCAACAUCUUGGUUCUACGCUCCAGUGCCAACUACAGCAGCAAAACCUUCAUCUGUCAUGCUAAACAUCCAUUGGCUAAAGCGAGCAAGCGGUGUGUGUUAAAAUUAGAGGCGCCAGUGUUGAUGACUCAGCGCAGUGUGGUUUCAGUAUAUGAGGGCAAUGAUGUCCAGCUGACCUGCAUCCUGAGCAGAAAUUAUCCUGCAGUCACAGAAGUCACCUGGUACAAUAAUUUAAAGCAGAAUGUUGGUGAGACACCGAAGAAAUACAUCCUUCAGCAAGCUGCCACCUGGUUUAACCUGACUGUCAGGGAGACAGAUAGCACAGCGGACAGUGGACAGUACUGGUGUUCUGCUAUUAAUGCAGUUGGAGGAGCAGAGAUUCCUGUCUCGCUUGUGGUGAAGAGAUACCCAAUGCCUCCAAACGUGACCAUCAGUAAGAUCACAUACAGCAGUCAGCAGAGGACAGAUGUCAUGGUGGAGUGGUUGGUCCAGAGAGAUGGAGACCUCACUGGAUUCUUCAUUGAGCGUCAGAGGCUCCCUGUCGGCAAGAGUGCUGUUGUUCCUCUUUGGCAGAAAGUGGUAGUGGAUCUGGAUCCAAGCACCCGCAGCUACCAGAUCACCAAUCUGGACCCUAGUGGGAAAUAUGCGUUCCGUGUGACUGCUGUUAAUCACAGAACCAUUGGACACCCAUCAGAGGUCAAGAGUCCAGCAAACCCACCCUUUAAAGCUUAUCCUGCUGUUAUUGGAGCAGCCAUUGGAGGCAUGCUUCUGGCAACAUUAUUUACAAUCCUGCUCUUCAUUUACUUGCUGAGGAAUCGCAAUAACCACCCUCGUCUCCAUAGCAUGAUAUUUGGCAAGCAGAACAGCCAGUCAAGAGAAAAUAUCAACUUCCCUGAGGAUGAGGUUGUUGGAGGGGCAGAGGGAGAGGGACACCCCGAAGAAACAAAUUCCCCAAAUCCAAAUUCCAACAACCAACUUACAUAG